AUGGCUCAGGCCAGUAGUUCCGCGGCUGUUCGUCGCGACCCCAGCGACUACAAUGCCGUCGUGAUGUUACACGACUAUGAGUACAACCCCAGCCAGGUCGCUCACACUGCAGCGAAUAACGCCGUCCCCCGAGAAUUCUUGACCUCCACUGGUCUUGCACGCUUGCUGAAGGGUGAGCACGGAUGGGCAGCCGAGAAGAUUCCCGAUGACAUGUGGUACCUCUGCCGGUUCGAGCGUGGCGAUGCCCCCGUCUGUUUCAUGGUCCCGAAGACAUAUCUCAGCAUUGGCGCGAAGCAGAAGGUUUUCACCUCACCUCACUUUCGCACCAAUACUGGGGCCAGAACAUGGAUUCGAAGAACAAUUCCCGCGACACCCUUCAUGCCAGAGCUGCAUCGAUUCACUACAGGAUGCGCCAUGGGCUCAAUCUGCAAGAACAAGAACAAGAGCGCCAACCAGGAUGCGGAGAUCAGGCUUGCCCCUGACUUGAAGUAUACAAUCUCUGAUGCUGUCAUCGAACAGACAGAAUUCAAGUUGCAGCAGAGCCUCCAGCUUUGGUUUGACAUAACUGCAGACCUCAGCCGAUAUCCACGACCCUGGGUCCGGGUACCUGAUGUUGGUCUCUACGACAACUUUGCGACGGCCUCAAGCCUCGCCAUGUACAUCGACUCGCAUGAUGAAGAGGCGGACGUUUGGACUGAGACGCAGAUCUUCUCAAUGGAUGUGCUUGGGCCGGUCAACAAGGACGGAAUCAACACACCCCAGGCAUGGCUCAAGUCAAUGAAGAUGAUCAUGCUUCUGGAAGGUAUACAGCUCGACUCAACCAGCGAACACUUCCCCCAAAGAGCCUACUCUGUUGCUUCGAUGCAGUAUGCCGAGUACGACCACCUUCAACAGACCCUCAGUUGGACCGACGUUACUCAUCCUCGGAAGACGAUCCCUAUACCCAAGCUCAUGAGCUUCGAGCGUAACGCAGAUCUCCUCAUCAGCAAGUUUCCCGAUCUUCCGAUUGGCAUGAGCCAGAGGCCUGACAGGAUCUAUCUUGGUUCGGCACGCAAGGCCUGCGAUUUCUGCGUCUGGAAUGCGAAACAGAUGUGGCAAAGCAAAUGCGAAGGAGAUACUCGAGCAUGCGAUCCUUGCAAGACAUAUCUGAACAGGCCUUGCACUUGGACGUUCGACAUGAGGGCUCUACCGGAGAGCACACUCGACAGACUGUUGUACCGUCGGGGCCAUGUAGUCGACGGCAAGUCUAUGGCACUUGCCCAGAGAACUAUACCCAAGCCGUCCGGUGGUGAGCGACUCAUGGAGAUCCUCAGUGAGCGAAGCGAAGGAGUCGAUUAG